AUGGCAUUAACAUACUGGUGUGAAACAACUUCUAAACCUGAUCGUGAAAGAGAAGAGACAAAAACGUCGAAAAAAGUGUCAACAGCGCAGACAUCAGUGCAGUCCCGAGCCCCGAGCCGGCAGCAAGACAACCCACCGCCAUCGAGUUCAGCAGCAGCCGAGGACAACGGAGGCGCUGUCACCGCCAACAAUUCGGCGGUCAGCGGCAACGGGCCGGCCGAUUCUGCCGCCGGUCUCCAACCUGACAGCUUAGAGGAUCAGCCCAGGGGAGAAGUGACAGCUGAAAACACGGACUCGGAGGACGACGACACAGAGGAAGUCGCUGCUGGUAGGGGCGGAUGGGGCGCUACUGCUAUGGGUGCGCAGUCAAGGGCGGCGAGUCCCCCCGCGGGCAGCGAGACUUCUUCGAUAGGACCACCCAUGCCGCAACGGUACCCUCAAGCGAACACGCACAAUCUUGACAGCGGUACGGGUAGCAGAUAUGCAAAUCUAUCGUACUGGAAGGCGAGAAGAGUUCUCUUCUACAGAAAUGGUGAUCCGUAUUUUCCAGGCGUAGAAUUUAGGUUUAAACCAGGUCGAGAUAUUGCAACGUUAGAAUCGCUUCUCGAUAAAUUGUCUUUGAGAAUGGAUUUACCAAGGGGCGCCCGAUAUGUUUUUUCAAUGGACGGAGACAGAAAGUACAGCUUGGACGAGUUGGAAGACGGCGCUUCUUAUGUUUGUUCUUCAUACAAAACUUUUAAGAAUUAA